CCGAUCCCUCAUACGCCGUGCAUUCAUCGCGCCUCGUGGACGUGCCGUGUGUAGUGGCUGAAAAAAACCCCAACUCAGCGGAUAACCCAACUCAACUUAACUCAAUAUAACUUUAACGUAUAAACGAAUCCUUGUCAAGGGGAUUCGAAACGAACUCUUGUGCUAACAGUGAUCUAGUGUGUUGUGAACGAAACGAACUCAGCGGAUUUUGAGUGCUCUACGCGGACCUUCUUCUACACUUCAGCUGCAACGCAAUCCUUGAAGAUGUCGCCCAACAUAAUAGGCAGUACCUUUAUAUUGGCCGAAACGGCCAUUGCCGAUGGCAACAAUAACACCAAGAUGGCCGCCAAACCAUCCGCUUCUGCCGCCUCCGCCCCAGCCCCCGUGGCCACGCCCACCGCCACCGGCACCAACAAGGCCAGCCAGAAGGCGGAGAACAAGCCCUACGAAAUGGAGAUCGUGUGGCGCAACGUGGGCCUCUUCGUCGUCCUCCACUCGAUGGCCCUGUACGGCCUGUACCUCGUGUUCGCCGAGAGUGCCUACUGGGAGCUACUGCCAGUCUAUGCCACCAUGUUCCUGGGCGGACUGGGCAUCACCGCGGGAGUGCAUCGCCUGUGGUCGCACAAGGCCUACAAGGCCAAGCUGCCGCUGCGCAUCUUCCUCAUGCUGUGCCAGUCGCUGGCCUUCCAGAACAGCAUCUGGGAGUGGACCCGCGACCACCGCGUCCACCACAAGUUCACCGACACACACGCCGAUCCCCACAACUCGCGCCGCGGCUUCUUCUUCGCCCACAUGGGCUGGCUGAUGUGCAAGAAGCACCCCGAUGUGACCAGCAAGGGCAAGCAGAUCUCCAUGGAGGACAUUGAGCAGGAUCCCGUCGUCAUGUUCCAGAAGAAACUCUACUUCGUGGUCAUGCCCAUCUGCUGCUUCGCCCUGCCCAUGAUCUUCCCGUACUACGUGAUGGGCAGCUCGCUGCGCGUCUGCUUCUUCACCUGCUCCAUGCUGCGCUUCUGCCUGUCGCUGCACUUCACCUGGCUGGUGAACAGCGCCGCCCACUUCUACGGCAUGAAGCCCUACGACGUGAACGUGAGUGCGAUGAACAACAAGCUGGUGUCCACGCUGACCAUCGGCGAGGGCUGGCACAACUACCACCACGUCUUCCCCUGGGACUACAAGGCAGCCGAGCUGGGCGCCUACAGCUUCAACUGGACGACGGCCUUCAUCGAUGUGAUGGCCAAGAUCGGACAAGCCUACGACCUGAAGUUCGUGUCGCAGGAGAUGGUCUACAAGCGAGUGCUGCGCACUGGCGAUGGCUCCCACAUUGCCGCCCUGCUGGAUGCCAACAACAAUAGCGCCAUCCCGACCAGCGAGCUGGUGGCCCACCUGGACCACGAGAAGGAGGAGCACGCCAUCUGGGGCUGGGACGACAAGGACAUCAGCGAGGAGGACCGCAAGGGAGCCAACGUGGUGAACAAGGAGUCGUCCGAGUGCAAGCUGGACUAGAGGGGGUGCCAGUCAGCGGGGGUUCACACAGUUCACCCAAACGAACACACUUCUUGCUGCCACAUCGGGUCUGCAGUAUUUAAUUAUAUUAAUUGCCUGUUCUUCACACUUGUUAGAACACAAUCAGAAAGGACAUAUUCAAAGACAAGGGGGAUGCCGAUUGCGAGACCAGAGCUGGUGGCAGCAAGAACAUCUAAUAUAUCAAUGGCUUCAAUUCCAAAUACAACGAAACAACUGAAAACUAUUCGAGAUUAGUCAAAGCAACUCGUUCGCAGCAACCGCAACAGAGUGUUAAACAAAAAUCUGCACCUUAUUAACUAUCUACACAAUCCCUAUCUCGCACUUGUCGUUCGGGGAUAAUGAGCACAUCUGCCACCCUCUCCCUGUCCCUCUCCUACUUCCCCUCCCUAUCUCUAUCUCGAUCUAUAUUUUUAUAAAUAUUAAUAAAUGUAUAUUUACGCAAGAGGUUCUAGAAUUAAGCGUACCUGCUAAGAUCUAUUUUAAGCAUCGACUUUUAUGUGUGUGUACAUUGUGCUAGUUAUGUAGGUCUAAAAUUGUACAUUUCAAUCCAACUAUUGUUGAAAAUUAAAAAAAAAAUUAUAAAAAACUAA